UGGGGGCAAGGCCCGCUAGCCCGCUAGCGAGUAAGAUCAUGUGACGUGGUGAAGGUGAAGAUGGCGUGAGCAAGUAGGGGGUAAAGAGAGGAGUGGAGGUAUGUGCUAGUGAUUGGACAGGUGUCAUGAGCGCUAGUCGGAUGGCGGUCAUGCUGGUGGUGAAGGUGAAGGUGAUGGUAGUACGAACCGAGCGGUGGGCUCCGCGACUUCAGGUAUAAAACAUCCUUCCGCGAUACCCUCGGUCAGACCGAUACCCUCGAGAACGACGCUACAAACAUGAAGGGAUCUAACGUACUCCGAGCGUCCAAGGACAGCAUGAUGAGAUUCGAUCCGUCCACCUUCCUUACGGUUCGCGUUGGGGAAGCGCCCAAUGACGAGAACUUCUUGCUACACGAAGGUAUCAUCUGUUCCCGAUCGGAGUUCUUUCGCCGAGCCAUGAACGGAAACUGGAUCGAGAAGGAGGAGCGACUCGUCAAGUUACCAAGAGACAAGCCAGAGCUCUUCAGCAUCUACGUCAACCUAGUGUACACAAAUAAACUGACCACGACACCCAAGACUUCAGCCGGAAAGGCACCGAGCGUAGCUGCAAUCGGACAGGAAUAUCAGACUAUGUGUGAGCUCUACGUUCUAUGCGAGAAGCUGCAGGACACUUCGGCCAAGGACGCUACCGUAACGGCUAUCCUUUCCAUGAUUCACGUCAGACACAAUAGGGGAGGAUACCGCGGGCCUCCGCCGCGUGCAGUGCGGACUAUCUAUGAGGGCACCACCAGCAAUAGCCCAGCCAGGCGUCUUAUGGUGGAUUUGUGGACUUCAGUCACUGCUUCCACUUUGGCCAAAGUAGCUGGCUCUCUUCCGCACGAGUUCAUUGUCGAUAUCGCCACUACUUUGCUUAAUGAACGGACCGAAGGAAAACAGAACACUGCGAAGAAUUCCAAUGGCACUAAGUAUCUAGAGAGCAUGCAGGAAGGCAACAGUACCGGGUAUUAAGCCUGGGCUAAUGUCAGACACUAUGAAGAAUUUGACACGAGAGACUGGACGCUUCAUGGUCAGGAG